GAUGCUCGGCAGAUGUUACAGCAUGACAGUGGAAUACCAUCGGGAGAGGAUGGUGAUAAAUGAACAGGCUGCUGAUGAACCACAGGAAUCACCCCUGCGAGAGGACAAGGAUGACUGACUGUGGCACCCUUAUGGAUCACUGUGCCAGAAGGGAAUGAAGAGGAGGGAGGAGUUGGUUUCAUAAUGGGAGGCAGGCGGUAUAUCUGCUCCAGAUGUGUGUUGACACACUGUCAAGUUGUUUGAUCAGAGAUGUUAGAGUCCAGUAACCUCGUCACCUUCAACGGCCUGGCCAACAGCUCGAGCUACGACGCGUUCCUAUUGGAUGAGGAGCGAGGGAGGCUACUGGUCGGAGCCGAGGACCACCUCUUCUCAUUCGACCUCGUCAACAUCAACAGAGACAUGAAACAGAUUGCGUGGCCCGCCACCCCCUCCAAGAGGGACGAAUGCAAGUGGGCAGGGAAAGACUUUGGGAAAGAGUGUAAUAACUUCAUCCGGGUCCUCCAGCCCUACAACCAGACCCAUCUGUACAUCUGUGGCACAGGAGCCUUCCACCCCAUCUGUGCUUUUCUGGAAAUGGGCAAGAGGGCAGAGGACAACAUCUUUCGACUGGCCUCGCAUUUCGAGAACGGCCGCGGGAAAAGCCCCUACGACCCCAAGAUGCUCUCGGCCUCACUUCUGAUCGAUGGAGAGCUGUACUCUGGCACAUCUGCUGAUUUCAUGGGAAGGGACUUUGCUAUUUUCCGUACCCUGGGAGAUCAUCAUCCAAUCAGAACGGAGCAGCAUGAUUCAAGAUGGCUGAAUGACCCCAGGUUCAUCGGCGUGAACUUGAUCCCAGAGAGCGACAACCCCGAAGACGACAAGAUCUUCCUGUUUUUCAAGGAGAACGCCAUGGACGGAGAGCACACUGGCAAGGCUACCAUCGCCAGGAUAGGACAACUGUGUAAGAAUGACAUGGGAGGUCACAGGAGUCUGGUGAACAAGUGGACCACGUUCCUCAAGGCCCGGCUCAUGUGUUCAGUGCCGGGGGUCAACGGCAUUGACACACACUUCGACGAGCUGCAGGACGUGUUUCUGAUGAGCUCCAAGGACCCGAAGAAUCCAGUUAUCUACGCUGUAUUCACCACAUCCAGUAACAUCUUUAAAGGCUCAGCAGUAUGUAUGUACAACAUGGCGGACAUCAGGAGGGUCUUCCUGGGGCCCUACGCUCAUCGAGAUGGACCCAACUACCAGUGGGUGCCUUUCCAAGGGAGGGUGCCCUACCCCCGCCCCGGCACUUGUCCCAGUAAGACAUUCGGCGGAUUCGACUCCACCAAGGACCUCCCUGAUGAUGUCAUCACCUUUGCCAGGGGUCACCCAGCCAUGUACAACCCAGUGAACCCAAUAGGCGGGCGUCCCAUCAUGGUGCGGACGGACGUGGACUACCAGUUCUCCCAGCUGGUGGUGGACAGAGUGGAGGCGGAGGACGGGCAGUAUGAUGUCAUGUUCAUCGGGACAGACGUGGGCACAGUGCUGAAGGUGGUGACGAUCCCCAGAGAGAGCUGGCAUGACCUGGAGGAGGUGGUGCUGGAGGAGAUGACUGUCUUCAGGGAACCCACUCCCAUUACGGCCAUGGAGCUGUCCACCAAGCAGCAACAGCUGUACCUUGGCUCGGCCCUGGGCGUAUCGCAGAUGUCUUUACAUCGUUGCGAGGUGUAUGGGAAAGCCUGCGCAGAGUGCUGCCUGGCCAGAGACCCUUACUGCGCCUGGGACGGCACUGAGUGCUCCAGAUACUUUCCUACCGCCAAGAGGCGAACUAGACGACAGGACAUCAGAAACGGAGACCCGCUGUCUCAGUGUUCAGACCUUCAGCAUCAUGAAGACACGGACGGCCUCGGAGGCAGCGUGGAGGACCGGAGCGUGUACGGCGUGGAGAACAGCAGCAUGUUCCUGGAGUGCAGCCCCAAGUCUCAGAGGGCGCUCAUCUACUGGCAGCUGCAGAAGCCCAACGACGACCGCAGGCACGAGAUCAAGCUCGAUGACCGGGUGCUCCGUACAGACCAGGGCCUGCUCAUCCGGAGUCUGGCCCAGUCCGACACGGGUGUCUACCACUGCCAGGCCGUCGAACACGGCUUCAUUCAGCCUCUGCUGCACCUCAACCUCCAGGUUAUCCCCGCCCAGAAGCUCGGCGACAUCCUACCUGGGCUCCCCGGUGCGGUGGGCGGGGUCGGACACUCUCCCAAACACCGGCUGUGGUACCGCGACUUCCUCUCCCUCCUGGACCACCCGGACCUCAACAGCGUGGAGGAGUUCUGCGAUCGAGUUUGGAAGAAGGAGCGCAAACAGAAGAGGGUGAAGACGCCGAACAGCAACGGUCAGACUAGACCUGAGAGCACCGGUGGCACCAACUCUGCGUUACAGCCUAAAGCUCCAAACACCCAGAAGCAGCAGGCCAGUCCACCACAGAGCAGGCCAUGGCAGCAGGCCGGAGCUCCGACAGUGGACGGGCCGGCACGGGGCCAGAACACCCAGAGAGCUCAACAGAAUCUGGGCUUGUUGAACGGCCAGGCUCCUAAAAACAACCAGAAGACGCAAAGCGGUCAGAAGGGGCAGGGCGGCGCGGCCGGCUCUCAGGUCGUAGGGGGGUCUCGGGCGAGCAGCCAGCACGCGGCCAAGUGGAGACGGAUGCAGGACAAUAAGAAGGGACGCAACAGGAGGACCCAUGAGCUUCAGAGACCUCCACGUAGCGUUUGAGGGAGAAAACAAAAAGCACAGAGAUGAUGCAACCUGAUCGAUACACAAGCACAAAAACCAUCCACACAUGUCUACACAAACACAUUCUAUAGAUUCAGUGACCUCGCUAUCACAGCAGCAGAACAAAACCCAUAAAAAAAGACACAGCAACACACGCUCCUAGGUAGAAAUACAUAACAACAAUAAAGCUGUCAUGGACACAUACACAAAAGUACCUGUGAAGAGGAACAGAGGACUGAGAAACUGGAAUGCAUAAUGUAAAUGUGUGAGGACGCUGCCUGGCAGACACUCCAGCCUCCUGUACAUAAGCUACUAAAAAUAAGACUGGGACGGAAAGAAAAAUGUUACGUGAGGUGUUUGUUGGUGAGCAGACAGACUUAAUGCCAAGAGACACGAACAGACGCGCAGACAUUUAUGGAUUUACGGCAUCCUGCCGUCCCCUCUUUGACCUGAGCAUGUGAACUGCAAGAUAAUGUACAUGGAAUUAAAAAAAGACUCUUAUUUUGGAGGAACUGUUUGAGGGGGGAAAAGGAGCAAGUCGAGACAGACAAACAGCUGCCCUUACAGGAGAAAAAAGGGAAAAGGGUUGCGAUUCAACCUCGAGGCGUGCACAGCUUUGCACCGGUGGCCCUCACAUUGUUAGACGCAUUAUUACAUGCAAAAAAACUGCAAAAAGUCAUGGCACAGUGGGGAGAUCGCGCCUCGCCAUAACAUUCUCCACCCCGAGGCUGGAAAAAAGCAUCGUGCAUGUUGUUGUCAUCAAUGUAAUAAGCUAGUUAUUUUAUGGAAUUCUAGAGGCUUUUUUUUUUUCUUUUUUUUUUAAACACCCUACCUAAAAAGAAAAAAAAAGUUACAUUUUUUCUUUUGUAUUUACUUUUCCUUUUCCAGACCGGUGCUUCUGUUUUUUUGUUUUUUUUUUUGCGAGGCAAAAAAAAAAAAAAGGAAAAAAAAGUCACAACAUGGUAGUCUCAUUGUGCAUUAUCCCCUUCUGCUCUCUGGAGGACUUCUGUGUAAGUUAUUAUGUUUGUCGCUUAUUUCUGGGAAUUUCUAGAAAUCUGGGCACAAAUUUCCAGUAGUAGGCAAACGCUAAAAAAAAGCCAGUCUGAAAACUAGACUGCCAGUUGUUUUUGUGUACAUAUAUACAACAAACUUAACUCUCUGUGUAUAUACAGUACAUAUACAGUACAAGAACACCACUUGAUUAUUAUUUAUUUCUCAUUGUUUUGUGAAAGGGUUGCAUUUAUUUUUGAUAUUAUGGUAUUUCAGGCUCAUCAAUAUAUUGGAGAAAAUCAACGGCAACAUGAAAACUUUCGAUGGACCAACUGGGUGAAAUCGUGUCCCCCCAUAUGUGGACGAAAGGGGUCGAACUGGAGCACGAGUACAACGAUAAGCACAAUUUUGUCUUCUUUUUUUUUUUUCCCUUUCUCCCACAUCCAUCCGACACGUCUUCAUUCAUCCAGUAGCCAUUACGUGUAAGAUAAUUCCCCAAUCUGAAAAAAAAAACAAAAAAACAUUAGCUGUGAAUCUCUGUAAGAAAAUAGUGGAGAAAAAUGUUAAAUCUAGUCUGAAGGAGAAGACACGUUAUACUUGCAUGUGAAUGCUACCUACAGUAAGUGCAUCUUUUUUAUCGUCUCUUUACGUGUUUUGUGUGAGAGGUUCCCUUAAAGCAAGGUGUGAACUACUUCUGUCCUUUUCGCCAAAACAGUGAUAUUAACAACUCGCGAUACUCCGGCCGAAGCUGUGUAAGAUCCAGGCUCCCUUAAUCUUCGACUCAACAGUGGUAUCCCCCCCGUCUCCCCCCGUCUCCCCCUGUCUCCCUCUGUCCCCUUAAUACAUGACAAGAGUAAUGUGUCAAUGCAAUAAAUUAGAGCAGAUCGUGUUCUCUGCAAACACUCCA